CGUGACAGCUGGUGAACACCACACCAAGGGGGGGAAACGGCAUGUGUCUGCAGGACGGGGCGGAGGCAGGGCUGGAGAGCGUGUCUGCUGGUGCCAGCUCGGGACUCUCUGCCCCAGCCACGGGCCCCGACCUUCCAGCACGCCGAGGGCGGCCAGACCUGCACCCGGACCUCUCCACCUGGCUGGGUCCUUCCAGGGCCUCCCAGAAUAGAAGGUACAGGCUGCAACUGACGAGCAAGGCGGACUUGUCGGGCGCCCAGGGCCCGGCCUCUCCAACGGGAGCUCUCCGAGUGGGCCAGUGCCUGCCGAGGGCCCUCACCCCCAGGAAGCCUCCUCUCGAGAGGGAAGCAGCACGCCGGCAGGGUGACUCCCCGCGUGAGCCUCCGGGCUCAGAAGGGUCAGCAAGUGCCUGGACCGCAGAUGCCUGGACCCCAGAAGGAGGAUGUGACAGUGAGGAGGAGGAGGAGGAAAAGGAAGAACAGGAGGAGGCCGGGCAGCCACCUGCGCCCACGGACACAUCAGGCUCAGAACCCCUACCUGGUGCCCGGGAGCUCGUGGGCCCAGUCCUCGGGGGUGAUGCCGUCAUCGCCCCUUUUCCAUCGCAAAGCAGGACCACCUGUGCCAUAGCGGACGAGGACGAGGCCCCUGGCUGCCUGUGGCUACCCCUGCGGACGCUGGAUGGGCCGAGCCUGCCUGAAGCCGACCCCCUGGACCCCCGAGGAGCCUUCCCUGCGUCCACCUCCUCACCCUCCCCGCCCGCCUCCCCGGCCUCGGCACCCCCCGCGGCCACAUUCCCCGGGGCCUCCCGGCCCUCGCCGCCCUCCUCGGCGGCACCCCAGCCCUCCGGGAAGCCCACAGGGGCUGAGGCCUCGGACCUGGAACGGCGGCUGCUGGACUCAGAGCGGCAGCAGGGCGCCCUGCUCGGCGCCUGGUCCCAGCAGCAGAGCGCGCUGAUGGCCCAGCAGAACCUGCUGCUGCAGCGGCUGGCCGACGGCGUCGAGGCCCUCAACCGGACCCUGGAGAGGCUGGUGGAGGCCCUCCCGACCCGGGGCGCCUCGCCCGCAGUGCCGGAUGGCUCCCCUGGGGGCGGAACGGCCUGCAGGCCAGCUGGAGGCUCCCAGGGCAGCCCCCAGGGCAGGCACACAGGCCAGGAGGUCUUCUCAGGGAUGAUCCUGAAGGUGGAGGAGGAGAUCUAGGGUCUGGACCCCGUGGGCCGCGUGCAGAGCGGGGACUCCGGUCCUGCCCCUCUGAGGGGCAGAGGCGGGGCCUCGAUGGAGCCAGAGAGGACGCUGGACUUCCGCCUGUGGUUGCCCCUUCCAUCCUGCCAUUGUCCGUGGGCCUCAGUGACGCGAAAGGAGGGCCGGCUGAGGUCUACUCAGGGAUGACGCCGGUGGGCGGACCGAGCCCGCUCCGCUCCCAUCCCGCGCUCCGACCGUCGGGGCGAGUGCUGUGGAGUGCAGAACGGGGCGCCUCUCGGCGGGCAGUGGGUGAGUGGAGCUGCGGGAAGAAGCACGCGGGGCGCGGCGCCCCCAAACCACUGCCUCGGGUGUGGGCCCUGGAGUGUGGCUCCGCUGGGCACCCAGGAAACCCCCGGCGUGUGCCCUGGAGUGACUCCCGGAAGCCCCCGUGCUCCGUGGGCGCACGGACUGAGGGGGGCUGGGACCCUGCAUCCUCUUGAUGCUGCCCCGAGGGAACCACGCCCCGUGGGCCUGCGGUUAUUUCUCUCAAUUUUAUGUCUGUGGUGUGGGGUAUAUAUAUGUAUGUGCACAUAUGUUCGUUGGUACUGGAUG